AUAGUGUGUAUCAGCUUCUAAAGGACUUUAGUUAAUGGAAAUGAUAGAAUAUCAGCAUUUUUAUGAUACCUUGUGUUGGUGUGUUCCAUUUUUUUUUCCCCCUUUAAAUUCUGCAUGAGAACGCAUCUUCAGAGAGCCGCAUUGGACACCAUAAAGACACAAACAACCGCGCACCAAAGGCAGAGGCACAACCCCCGACACCCUCCCCUCCCUCCCCCCAUAGACGCAUCGACAGCGACAUGUCUGUGCAUCACAGUCCACAUGUCCUGCUCGGAGAGGCAGGGGAAGAGCAUGGCUUGGAGAUGCUGGAUGAGGGUAUGCACCGUUAAUCCACCUCGCCUGAGUUCUCACUCGCAUGCGCGCGCUGUGUGGGAGAGAGCCGCAGAGAUGGAAAUGGACGGAUGAUGAUGAUGAUGAUGAUGCUGCAGCCUCUACUGCUCCUUUUCCUCCUUUAGGCUUUCAUUCAGACACAAUCCAAUGCGAUGAGACCUACACUGAGAGAACUUUACACACCUUUUCCAAGACUGGGCCAAAUGAAGCUUCAAACUCUCCCUAGCUACAUUUUGCUUUGUUACUGUUAGAAAGGAAAUAAUCGGCUGAAGCACCUGCUUUGCAAAAGUAUUUCUGAAUGACUGCAAAACUACCAGGCCAGAGUAUGCCAUCUGCACCUACACACAGAAUCCUGCGACCGCUCCUGAUUGGCACCUUCUUACUGGGCUGUUUUGUGACUCUAUUUUUGAUGUACUUCAAGCCGUCCACUAGCUGGUUAUCAGGCCCGGUUGAGUCGGAAACAUCCACGGCUCGAGUAAAGAGUCUCCUGUCCAACAGAAGUGAGCAGAACCAGACCACGGUGCUCGUCUGGCUCUGGCCGUUUGGGGAAACCUAUGACCUGAACGUGUGCAGCUCCCUGUUCAGUAUAGACAAUUGUUUCAUAACUGCUGACCGCAACCUUUACAACAAAUCCGAUGCAGUCGUCAUCCACCACAGGGACAUCAGCACUGAUCUGUCGAAUAUGCCGCCAGCGUAUCGACCUCCUCUGCAAAAAUGGAUCUGGAUGAACCUCGAGUCACCCUCGCAUUCAUCCCAGUUACCCGGCAUCGAGAACCUGUUCAACCUGACCCUGAAUUACCGCCAGGAUGCUGAUAUCGAAGUGCCUUACGGCGCCAUUGUCGCCUCGCAAGGCGAGGAAGGUUUCGUGCCCCCGAGCAAGAGCAAGUUGAUCUGCUGGAUAGUAAGCAACUGGAACCCGGAGCAUGUCCGAGUGAAGUACUAUAACGAACUGUACAAGCACGUGGAGAUCCACGCCUAUGGCCAGGCGUUCGGCGAGUACAUAUCGGACCAGGACUAUUUCCCCACCAUCGCAAGCUGCAAGUUCUACUUGGCGUUUGAGAACUCGAUUCACAAGGACUACAUCACGGAGAAACUCUACAACCCCCUCUCAGUCGGCACAGUGCCAGUAGUUUUGGGCCCACCUAGAGAGAAUUAUCAGAAUUUCGUCGAGGGCGAUGCUUUUAUCCACGUGGAUGACUUCUCGUCCCCCAAAGAGCUGGCUGAAUACCUUUUAUUUCUGGACAAGAAUGAGGAAAAAUACUUGAGGUACUUUGACUGGCGUAAACACUUCAAGGUAAAGAAAGCCUACUUCUGGGCUGAACACACUUGUCUUGCGUGUGAUUAUGUCAGAAGACACAACGAGUACAAAGCUUUUAAUAACCUCGACAAAUGGUACUGGGGUUAAAUCGGGUAAUGUGUUCAUUGGUCGAGAGUGAAAUAAGAGCGAAAUAAGGUUGAUACCAUAUUUUCCAGGCUAUAAGACACAUUGUUUCCCCUUUAAUAAGCAAAACGAAUACAACAAACUGCCAUCUGUUAUUUUUUUAGGUGCCAAAAUUGGAAAAUUUCUAUAAUAGACCUGGAUAAGGUUUUGAUUUGUGCUUAUCAGGGGUAGUUAUUAGUAGGGGUGGGAUAUUACUAGCCUGAGGUUUUGUUCAUACUUGAUCAUUUAUCAUAGUUUCCUGUCAGACAAUUAGGUUAAACAACCAGAAAUUUUUUCCUUUUUACAAAAAAACUAAUUGAUUAUAUCGUUUGAUUAUUUUUUUAACAAACUGACUAUAUGGCAUGUUUUGUAAUCUUACUGCCUGCUGCACUAAACAUGUCAGAAUAUCAACUGCAGUAUUGUGUGGGCAUAAUCAGUUACCUUGCGGUUAAGCGUAUAUCAGGACACUAGACGGACGCAAAUAACCUCUGUUAUUGAGAGAAUUUGUUAACAUUUUAGUGUCUUAUUUGCUGAAUUUUAUCUUUGUUUUGAUUGCUUUAGCUACAUGACUGGCUUUGUCUGGCACCAUCUCCAUAGCAACUGAGGUAGUCAUGCUAAAUCACAUGGAAAAAUUCGUGUCUAUGAACACGAACCAAUAGAAUGAAGUUGGUGACUGAAUCACGAGAAGCCGCGAGACGGUGUUGCCUCAGCAGCUGUUACAGUGACGUUAUGACCACAGGCUGGCGAGCAAAAAUGUCAUAAAUUUCGGACCAAAUUUGUGUAAUAUGACCAAUGCUGAAAAAAGCAGAACCUCGUCUUGUAACAUCAAUACAUUGCACGACUAUUGUGCGACCAAAAAUCACAAUCAUAUCACUGAUAUUUUAAACUAUGAAGGAUUCUAUUGCCGUUUACAACCUUUAUAUCCAUUGUCAAAUUAGUGUAAUGCAAGAUAUAUUUUUAGACACUAAAGAGAUCAGAGCCAAAGCAAAACAGCUCAGAUUGUGCAACUGGAUUAACACAAAGUGUUGUUGAAUAUUAUUAAAGGUCCAUUUCAAAAACAAUGUAUUCACAAUAAUGAAAAUAUAAUUGGCUUGCUAAUUUGGCACCCGCAGAAUUUCAGGUAUGUCCGUCAUUCAUACAUUAGUAAGUGAAGCUUAUUGUCCGGAAAAUAUGGUAAAGCCACCCCGAAUGAGGAGUGGCAUGAUCUGAUUAGACAGCUCUGGUUUAUUUUUGUAAAAAAAAAAAAAAAAAAAAAAAAAGAAGGAACAAAAAAAACAAAUGAA